AUUACAACAAAAUCUACAAGAAGGUUCUCUAGGCCCUGGAGUGCUACAUGUUAUUUCACUCGCCGGAGCACUAACCGUAAUUUUCUCCGGCCGCUGACUCCCGGCCGUCUUCGUUCCUAAUACUCACAUGUGCUUCUUUUCUUGGAAUAUCUGUGUCCUUUAAAUGGUGCGAAGCAACUGAAUCCUGUGUUGAAUGGCAAUGGCAGUAGCAUUUUGCUGCUUUGAAUCAAGAGAGAGAGUGUGUUUUUCUACUUAAUAUGGAAGAGAUCCCUCUUCACACUGAGCAAACCACAGAUACACUACCCUGUGAGACUCCACCAGGAACCAAUGAUGGGAAAGCAGCAUUUGAUGAUCAAAAUGGCAAUCUUGAAGGUAAUAAUUCUCAAGGAAGGAAAGAAUUCGUUGCUCCUGCUGUGGGAAUGGAAUUUGAGACCUAUGAUGAUGCUUACAACUAUUAUAAUUGUUAUGCCCGAGAGGCAGGCUUUAGUGUGAGAGUGAAAAACUCUUGGUUCAAAAGAAACAGCAGAGAGAAAUAUGGUGCAGUACUUUGUUGCAGUAGCCAGGGAUUCAAAAGAGUUAAAGAUGUAAACCGUCUCCGGAAAGAAACAAGAACCGGUUGUCCUGCUAUGAUGAGGAUGAGGUUAGUGGAUUCCAAAAGAUGGCGGAUACUUGAAGUUACUCUCGAGCACAACCAUCUAUUAGGGGUGAAAGGUUACAAGUCUAUUCGGAGUAUGGGUAGUGGGACCAAGAGGAAACUGUCUUCUAACUCUGAACUGGAAAUACAACCUGUCAAAUUGUACCGUGCUCUUGUGAUAGACACCGGCGGUGAUGGGACCUCUAAUUUCAAUAUAAGGCAGGCUAAAAGUUCAUCUGAUCAGCCCAAUCAAUUGAACUUAAGAAAAGGUGACGCACAAGCAAUGUACAAUUACCUCUGCCGUAUGCAGUUGACAAACCCGAAUUUCUUUUACUUGAUGGAUCUAAAUGAUGAAGGGCGCUUGAGGAACGUGUUCUGGGUAGAUGCCAGAGCUAGGGCUGCGAAUAGUUACUUUGGUGAUGUGAUUUUCUUUGACAAUACAUGUUUGUCAAACAGAUAUGAGAUUCCCCUUGUUGCAUUUGUUGGCGUAAAUCAUCAUGGUCAACCGGUGUUACUUGGUUGUGGCCUCCUUGCAAGUGAGACAAUGGAGUCAUACAUUUGGCUGUUCAAGGCAUGGGUUACUUGUACAUCUGGACAUCCCCCACAAACCAUUAUCACAGACAGGUGCAAGGUUUUGCAGAGCGCAGUGGCUGAUGUCUUUCCAAAGUCUCACCAUCGAUUUGGCUUGUCACACAUAAUGAGAAAAGUUCCAGAGAAAUUAGGAGGAUUGCGGAAUUAUGAUGCUAUACGGAAAGCAUUGCUGAAAGGGGUUUACGAGGCUUUAAAACCAUUUGAUUUUGAAGCAGCAUGGGGGUUUAUGAUCCAGCGUUUUGGAGUAGCUGAUAACGAGUGGCUUCGAUUGUUAUAUGAAGAUCGAGCACUUUGGGCUCCUGUUUACCUGAAGGACACCUUUUUCAUGGGAAUGGCUGCCGCACAGCCUGGGGAGACCCUGAAUGCAUUUUUUGACAAGUACUUGCACAAGCAAACUCCACUGAAGGAAUUCCUCGACAAGUACGAAUUGGCCUUGCAGAAAAAGCACAAGGAAGAAGUGAUUGCAGACAUGGAGUCAAGAAACUCUAGUCCCGAACUAAAAACAAGAUGUUCCUUUGAGCUGCAACUGUCCAAGGUAUACACUAGAGCAAUAUUUAAAAGAUUCCAGUUGGAAGUGGAGGAGAUGUACUCCUGUUUCAGCACAACGCAGAUACACAUUGAUGGGCCGAUCACAAUAUUUUUAGUCAAGGAACGGGUUUUACACGACGGUAACAGGAGAGAGAUCCGGGAUUUUGAAGUUCUCUAUAACCGAGCUGCAGCUGAAGUUCGUUGCAUCUGCAGCUGCUUCAACUUUUAUGGUUAUCUAUGUCGGCACGCAUUGUGUGUACUGAACUUCAAUGGAGUGGAAGAGAUCCCCUCGAAAUACAUUUUGUCACGGUGGAAGAAGGACUAUAAACGCUUGUACCUUCCGGACCAUGGGGCUGAUAACGCUGAUACAGAACGUGUGCAAUGGUUCAACCAAUUGUAUCGAAGUGCAUUACAAGUUGUGGAGGAGGGAGUGAUCUCUCUAGACCAUUACAAGGUUGCAUUGCGAGCAUUCGAAGAGUCGUUGGUUAGAGUUCACAGUCUUGAAAAAAAACAUGUGUAGCCAACUUCUUUAACAUAAUGACUCUUUUAUCAACAAAGAGUGCUCCCAACUUGUGCAUCAUGCGAGUUCUUCAAGAAGCAUUACCAUAUUGAAAUUUGAAGAUCAAACAGCUCUGAUUAUUUCAAAUUUGAUGGUGGUAGUGAUUCAACUCUUUCAUAUGGAGAUUUGAAGAUUCGACUCUCUGCGCUAGAUUGAAAAUACCCGGACACGAUAAGAAACUUGAUGUUAGGAAUUGGUUUUUAGAGUGUGAACUUGUGCAGGAAAUAUGAAAACAAAAUACUUAAGAAUUAUGUGGUUCCAAGAAAUCUU